AACGAAGUGCUGCAGAAAUUUCCAAGGAGCCAUUGAAUCUUCUGCUUAUAGCCUUCUCUAACCAACAAGUGGUAUCAGAGCCUAUUAUCACGCAUUUGGGACCUAAAAUACGAUGGGAGAUAAAGAGGACUCUGGUGGAGGUGAUACUUCACUUGGAGCUGAACCAGAGGCAUCACAUGAGCAUCUGCUACCGGAAAUUGAUUGUGGGCCCAAGGCAUGGGCAGUGCUCAAGGACCUGCACGCUCCGACAUCGGUUGCCGCUUCUCUCAUGCUGGAUCGGGAGCUGUGCAUGCUGCGGUUGAGCGAGAAUGAACCUGUGCAGCCCGUACUGGACAAGAUGAGGGAACUCUACGCGAAAUUGGCGAUCGCAGGCAUCACGUACCCAGAGCAGACAAAGUGUCUCAAGAUGCUCAGCCUGCUGCCGGAGUCUUGGCUGCAAUUUAUAAGCGGACUCAGCUUGCCACAAAACCAAAGUCAAUGGACAUUGGAGUGGAUUCGCACCAAGAUUCUGGAAGAAGAUUUUCGUCGCUAUACACUGCGCGGAGGUGAUGACAGCACCAGCGGCUAUGCCAUGCAAGGGACAUGGAGGGAUCGAGGGCGUGGCAAUCGCGGUCGCUCUUACCACAGCCAAGGUGGUCGCGGGACUUGGAACCAGCGGGGGCGUGGUGGCGCUGGUGCAAGAGGAAGAGGUGGUCACUCCAACAAUGACAACAGUGAACCACGCUUGAGGGGAGAGUGCUGGUAUUGCAAGGAAGAAGGGCAUCCAUGGUUUUGCUGCCCUACCAAGCCCGACUGGUGGACCCCUUGGAACCAAUCGCAGAAGGGGAAUGGAGGAAAGCAACCACAUGGAGGUGCCAACAUGGUAGCUGAUCCUGCUGAAGAAACCUCCAAGGAUGACAGAGGUAUGGGAAAUGAGGAGAGAAAUGCUGGACAGUUCUACCAUGUGUGUGACAAAGAUGACAGUGGCACAGCUGUUGCAAGGGCUGGAGAGGAAUUGCACCCGCUUGACAUGUGGGUCAUGGACUCUGGUGCUGCAUGGACAAUGACACCACGCAAGGACCUGCUGGAUGCUGUGCGAGCGCCUCCAAUCUCUGAAGUGCGCUCAGCAUCCGGACAUGCAGUGAAGGUCGCUGGAGUUGGUCGAGCUGCAUUCAGAGCACCUGAUGGUGGACUGGUUGUGCUGAAGGACGUGUUACUCGUACCGGGGCUGAAGGCCAAUCUGAUAUCGCUGCGCAAGCUAGGCCAGGCCGGAGUCAGCACCACCACCAAUGGAUCCAAAACAUUCAAGGGGCUGCGAGGAGAUCGUGUGUUAUGGGAUUUACACGAAAGCAGAGAUGUCUUCAGAUCCAUGUGGCAGAUCCCUGCACUGAUAUGGGAAUCAACAAAGAAGGAGUUGGGAGAAGUAAAGGCGGGAUCUGGAGUCCAGGGGGAGUGUAAUGCAGUUAGUGCUGCAGGAGUGACGGUUUCUGCAAGGUCGGGGGAGACUGAUUGGGAAACCGCACACAGGCGUCUAGGGCAUGUGGCUAUGCCAUUGCUGCAGCAACUGCAUAAGGAAGAAGCAGUAAAGGGGCUGAAGCUUUCUGGGCAACCAAAUGAUACCAAGUGCGAGACGUGUCUGCUGAGCAAGUUCACACGGUUCCCCUUUCACGGCGUAGCUGGGAAAAGCAAGGCAGCACUGGAACUGGUGCACAUGGACCUGGUAGGACCUUUUCCAGUCCGAGGAAGUAAGGGGGAAAGGUACUUCCUGACAAUAGUUGAUGACUGGAGUCGGCUGAUGUGGGCAUACCCGUUGAAGCAGAAGGAUCAUGCUGCCUCAACAAUACGAGAUGAUUGGCUGCCGUUCGUCGAGCGACAAUCUGGGCAUCCAUGCAAGAGCAUCAGAACCGACCGAGGUGGAGAGUUUCUAGGAGGAGAUCUGACUGCGUGGCUCAAGAAACAAGGCAUUGAGCAUCAGCUAACGACGUCCUAUACCCCUCAGUCAAAUGGCGUUGCUGAGAGGGCUAAUAGGACCAUCCUGGAAACAGCGCGAGCGCUGCUGAUCGAAUCAGGGCUGGGGAACUCCAUGUGGCCUCAUGCGGUGAGGCAUGCUACUGUGGCAAGGAACCGCGUACUCACAAAGGUGGCUGAUGAUAUGUGGGUGCCGCUGGAGAGGUGGCUUGGAAAGAAGCCUCCAGUGGACAUGCUUCGAGUGUUCGGAUGCAUGGCAGUGGCGCAUGUCCCUAAACCGUACAGGACAAAGCUUGGAGCAUCUGCACUUUGGUGUGUGCACCUUGGGCUUGCGGCAGAGAGCAAGGGGUGGCUACUCUGGGAGCCCUCAAAGAAUGUGCUGUUUGACAGUCGGGAUGUCAAAUUUGUGGAGAACAUCAUGUAUGGCAAGUGGGAGAAGCAGCCGGAGGCAAGGGUCACCCAGCAGCUGGAAGAGAUCACUAUGCACUUCGAUCUGUCCAAACCUGAGGACAGCGAAGUCACUGCGCCAACGACAAGCGGUACUGAUGAAGGAAGCAAUGAGGAUAUUGCAGCUGAUGCUGAAGUCAAGGAUCCGGAGCAGCAGCAGCAAGAGGCUUCCAAAACACCAAGUCUGCCAAAGCGAAGGAAACAGAUUGGUGGGGGGACAAAGGAUUGGGUGAAGGUGAAAUAAUGGGUAAAUCCAACCAUCUACCCUGCACGUACCAGAAUGGCAACGAGAA